CUCAGCGUUCGAACACUGCUCUGGCCUACCUUGUCAAUGCCCUUACCAUGACUAUUGGCAAUAUCAAUCAAGCUCCUCUUCGCUUCAACGCUUUGGUUAUUGAAAAUAUUAUGGCUGACGGAUCCGAUUUAGCAAGCCGUAUAUAUUUCCAUUAUACGGAUCAAUUGGUUUACCAAAUGCAUCGUAUUUUGGGUUCCGCUGACUUCUUAGGUAAUCCUGUGGGGUUGUUUAAUAACCUGAGUUCUGGUGUAGCGGAACUAUUUUACGAACCUUGGCAAGGUUUGAUAAUGAGUGAUCGUCCUCAGGAUUUAGGUUAUGGAAUUGCUAAAUUCUUUGUAGGGCUUUAGUGGAUUUGUGAAAAAGAGUGUAUUUGGUGUUAGCGAUAGCUUCACUAAAUUCACUGGUAGUAUAGGUAAAGGUUUAUCGGCCGCCACAAUGGAUAGAGAAUAUCAAGACCGUAGAAGACAGAAUUUGGCAAGAAAUAGACCUAAACAUGCUUUGGUUGGUGUGGCGCAAGGUGCUUCGUCUUUUGCUAACAGUGUAGCCAGUGGAUUUUCAGGACUAGUGACACGUCCACUUGAAGGAGCGUCUAGAGAAGGUGUUGGAGGCUUAUUUAAAGGCUUCGGAAAAGGCCUUGUAGGAGCUGUAACCAAGCCUGCUGUUGGUAUCUUUGACCUUACCAGCAACAUUACAGAAGGUAUCAGAAACACAGCUACACCCACAGAUAUCAAUAUGAUAGAGCGUGUCCGAUAUCCUCGUUACAUAGGCUCAGAUGGAAUUCUUCAGCCAUACUCUUUACGUGAAGCAAUUGGUCAGCACUGGCUUAAGGAUGUUGAUGGUGGAAAAUACCUGAAUGACACUUACUUGGCCCAUUGUCAUGUUCAAAACAAUGAACGUGUAGCGAUGUUGACAAACAACCGGGUCAUGCUAAUUAGAACACGUAACUUAUCCGUGGAAUGGCAAGAACCUUUCACUGAAAUUCAAACAAUCAAGCGCGAACCAACAGGUAUCGCGAUUUACCUGCGUAAUAUGAGCUGGGAGCCUUUCUUUAUUAUCACGGACAAGAAUAGUAGAGAAGAUUUUUUCAAGAGAAUCGAAGAAGCUGUUAUCAAAUACAACUCUACUCGUCGUCCUAUGCAAUAGCUUGACGACAUUUACUAUUAGUAUACUAUUUCUUUAUAUCCUUUGCUAAAUGUAUAAUAAAUAACGUUAACUUAUAUUAAAAUUAGCAUAUAAACUUAAAUAUACAAUGAUAUAAGUUUGCUAAACUUAUUUGUUGAGGUAAGCAGUGGGA